GUUUUUUUUUGAGUCAAACGCUUAUGGUUGCGAUUGUUUUUUUUUUACUCACUUCACUCUGCUUUACGUAGACACCAAAACCUGUUUAUGCGCGUUAUCGAUAUACUGGCAAUUUUCUUUAGCGUCAGCACGAAUAGCGUGUUAAAUUUUCUUUCUACACAUAAGUACUGCCAUUAAUUCGUAUCCGCGCGUAUUACAGAAUGUCUAAUCCUAGCCCAGAGAAGCCCUGGAUGAAGGCGAACUCAGAGUGUGCCGUUGCCGACGCAAACUCGAACUCAACGAAAGAAGUCGCGGUGGACAAACCUCGUGGCAAACAAUGGGAAAGAGAGUCAUAUGCAGCGCCGCUAGACGGUCAUAAUCCGGGCGACGAGGAGGGAAAUAGAACCAGAAAACCGUGGGAAGGAAGGCCAUAUCAAGGCGACUAUUACAGCGGAUACAGCAACUAUUCGAGGUAUGGCGCCUAUUCAAACAGCGGUGUGCCGCCUUCUCUGGUCUAUGGAAAUUACGGAUGUAACAACUACGGAAACUAUAAUGCGUACAACGCCUAUAAUGGAUAUGGCAUAAAUAAUUACGGAGCAUAUAACGGAUAUAACAACGGUUAUACUGGACCGACCCGUACAAUUGGUUGGUAUGGUGCCGCGGAUAAAGGUUUUCAGUGGGUCAAUGGCUUUCAUUCCAUAACAGCUGGAUUCGGCCGAUUUGCGGGCUUGCUCGAUGCUAAUUCUCAAGCGAUGCACGGUACCUUGACCAGUAUCGUGCGUCUUAUAGAGAGCGCCGAUUUCUUAUACAAAGAAAUAGGUGUGCUCGUUUCGAGUAUCACCGUGUUUCGCCUCAUCGGACAGCUCUUCCGCAAAUUGCUUGGGAGGCACGCUGAAGCUGCCGGGUCCGCCAACAACGCUCUUGACCAUGUCUCCUCUGCCGCUGAUGUUCGAGAAUUUACACAAAGUGUGUCGGCCAAGAGUCGACACAAAUUCCUGUCUAUUUUAUUUUUCAUAUCUACAGCGCUCUUUUUUGGAAUGCCCUACUUGUGUUCUAUCCUGAAGCGCGUGGCCGGACUUAGCGAAGCCAAAUCAGAUUUUGAGGAACACUUUUCGAAGGCAGAAAACACCUGUCGUCAGCAGCACGAGAUUCGAGCGCUCACGCCCUCUAGAAUGCCAAUUAUGCAAGUUCGCGCCCUACAUGAUUACCAUAAGUCUUCGAAUGAAGAAAUCAGUAUGAGGCGUGGCGACACCAUCAACGUCUUCACCAAACCAUUUGACCUUUGGUGGGAAGGCGAGAUUCAGAAUCAGCCGGGGGUAAUCGGACUUUUCCCGGCCAAUCUAACACAACCACUCUGAGACGUCAGAUAGCCGAUGUUGUACAAAUGUAUAAAAACCAGAUGAGAAGGAA